AUGUGUGAUCGUGUGGAUAUGGUUUCUGAAUUGGACAACGUGGAGAAAACUAUGUCACCUAAAAAAGAAAUAUUCCAGGAAAACAUUGACGACUUAGAUCGUAAUGCACUUCGUCAAAAAGUUCAUUCCUUUUGGUUGAGAAAAGAAAUACCAACCAUCGACAAAAUUUUGCAUGCGGUGAAUGAAGAUCCUGCCCUUCCCGAUUUCAAACGCACUUCGUUGUAUUCGUUGAUAAAGAAAUUGGACUUCGUCUUCACCAAGAGGAAAAGAUGCAGCGUGUUGACGGAGCGAGAAGAUCUGUUGGUUUGGCGUCAGAAUUAUUUGUACUAUGUACGUAAAUAUAGAGAAGAAGGUCGUACCGUCUACUAUCUAGACGAAACGUGGCUAAAUGCAGGUGAUUGUGUUGACAAAGUAUGGGCCGACCAGACAAUUCGGUCAAAACAUGACGCUUUUAACAAAGGUCUGACAACAGGUGUUACGAACCCGACUGGCAAGGCCAAACGUUUGAUAAUUGUACACAUUGGCUCUCACAAAGGUUUUGUAGAUGGUGGUAUGUUAUUUUUUGAAUCAAAAAAAAAUAGUGCAGACUACCAUGACGAAAUGAAUGGUGACAACUUCCACGAAUGGUUUAAGUCAAUUCUUCCACGCCUUGAUCCAAACUCGGUAAUUGUGAUGGACAAUGCCCCGUAUCACUCGGUCAGGACAGAGAAAAUACCGACAUCCAGCACAAAAAAAGAAGACAUUAUAUCGUGGUUAAUUUCAAAAAACGUUGUCAUUGACCAAAAAAUAAUGUUUAAGCCACAAUUACUGGCGAAGGUCAAAGAAAUAAAGGGGCAGUAUAUGUCAUAUGUUGUCGACAAUAUGGCCAAAGACGCCGGGCAUAAUGUAUUGAGAUUACCACCCUACCAUUGCGAAUUGAACCCGAUGGAAUUGGCAUGGGCAAUGGUUAAGGGCUACGUCAAACAGCAAUACGACAUACAAAAUCGAUGA